AUUCAUCAUCUGACGCGCGCAUUAGGUCGGAGACAGUUAUCGCGAUAUUUGGUGUGUGCGCUUGUACGACGAGUCCAAAACAACAGAAAAACCAAAGGAAUGCGCGUUAAUACACCAAUAUAAUUAAUUAAAUUAACAAAAUAAAGUAGACUUCACAGACAGGAUAAAGCAGUAUUUUACUUUCUGACUCUCAUUUGCACCCAACCGGACUAUUUGUCCCUGUAGACCUGGUCUGAAACUGUGUUAGCAGCUGCCGCUCAGGGGUCCAGCACUUUCUCCCACAUUCAGAGCCUUGUGUGUGUCAAACUAUUGUUUUCUGACAGCUUCCAGGUUUUUCACCAGCAAUCAAAAUGGACUCAGAAGUGAAGAAGAAAACAACAACAAGGGGUUUGUCACCGCAGGAGUCUGAGGCAAUUUGUGCUCAGACCCUCUGAACUGUCCAUGGCCCGUGUGCUUUCCCUGUUCCGGCUUCAGCCUUUUCUGUCCCUGGUGGGCAGGAGAAAACCUACCUUGUGCAAAAUGUCAAUGGACUCACGGGCGCGUGGGGUGUUUGCAGCUGCGGUGGAAGCUGUGCAGCCAGACACUGUGGUGCGGCAGAGUAUAGAGCGCAAGGAGGACUCAGUCGUUAUCGAUGGUCACAAAUUCAUACUCAAACACAACCUGCACUUGGUGGGCUUUGGAAAAGCUGUACUGGGUAUGGCUGCCGAGGCAGAGAGGAUUGUGGGGGAUCACUUAGUGAAAGGAAUAAUAAGCGUGCCACAUGGGAUUCAGCAGACAUUACAGCAGCAUGGGAAACAUCAUCUGUUGUUAAAAGAAAACAGUCGCAUCAAAGUAAUGGAGGGAGCUAAACACAACUUACCUGACGCUGAUGCCCAGAAAGCAGCUGAAAGGAUCAAGCAGUUGGCCAGUGAACUGACGGAGAAAGAUCUGCUGCUUGUACUGAUUUCAGGUGGAGGUUCUGCGCUACUACCUGCGCCCAUCCCGCCAAUCUCGUUGCAAGAGAAACUGGAUGUUACCCGCAAACUUGCAGGUGCCGGCGCCACGAUUCAAGAACUGAACACUGUGCGACGGGCCCUGUCCUUCUUAAAGGGUGGAGGGCUUGCAAACUGUGCUCACCCUGCCCAGGUGAUUGCACUGAUAUUGUCUGAUGUGAUUGGGGACCCUCUGGACUUGAUAGCCAGCGGCCCCACAGUGCAGAGUGAAGUGUGGCCUGAAGAAGUUUUGUCAGUCCUUGAACGUUACAAACUGUUGAACUCUUUACCAGCCUCAGUAAAGGAUGUCCUCGGGAGACCAAGUCCCCGGGAUAAUACCAAUGAAUCUACCACGUCAGGACAUGUUCUCAAUGCUGUGAUUGGCUCCAACAGUGUUGCUCUGAAGUGCGCAGGUCGUCGAGCUCGAGAGCUAGGUUUCUGCCCUGUUGUUCUGGCACCAGGAGUGUGUGGCGACGUAAGGUCAGUCUCCAGGCUGUACGGCCUCCUGGCCCGAUUCGCCUGUUCUCGAGUGGAACCUCCUCCAGAGAUUGCCGCUGAGAUGCUGAGACUGGGGCCUGAAGUGGGCGUGGAGAGCUGGGACCUCUGCCGUACCAUGCAGGUCUUGGAAGAAGGACGUACAGAAGGAUGGGGUGCCACGUGUCUGUUAGCCGGAGGUGAGCCCACUGUGGAGCUGACAGGCAAGGGUCGAGGUGGUCGAAACCAGGAGCUGGCCCUGAGAGUGGGGCUGGAGCUGAGAGGGCUGGAGCUCCCGCCUAAUGGUCCUGUCUUCCUGAGUGGUGGGACUGAUGGUCAGGAUGGACCAACAGAGGCAGCAGGGGCUAUCACUGAUGGGGGGUUGUAUGGAGAGGCACAAGCACAGGGGCUGGACAUCGACAACUUCCUUACUAACAACGAUUCUUACACUUUCUUUACACGUCUUUCUGCCGGGCAGCGCUUACUCGUACCUGGCUUAACCUGCACCAAUGUGAUGGAUGUGCACAUGCUACUUAUUCCACCAAUUCCUAUUAACAUAAGUUAACAGGAGCACACAAAAUAAAGUGGUUGUAGUCCAGUGGAUCUGGAUAAAUAUCCAGAUAAAAGUACUGUCUGUCUGACUUUGGCAGUGUAGUGUAGUUUUUUGGCCCGUAUCUGUGAAAAGACUGGUAUUUCUAUAUAAAGUUCUAACGGCCACAAAGUUUAAGAUAGGAGUGGGUUUGUUAAAAAUCCGGCAGUUUUGUCAUCAGCAUCAAGCUUUCAGCAGGGAACAAAAAGCUUAUAAAUAGUGGAGUUGCUACUCCUACUCGAGCAAAAGAGACAUCAAUGACAUCGGUACUUUCAAACAACAAAUGUAAUAUCAGUAUUUUCACAGAACCUACAGUCUCUUAUCCAGCUUUGCUGCUGUUUUUUUCAGGUAAUUUAAGGUACCUAAAUUAGCUGAUGGUUUUGUUGUUUGGUUGAUUUAACAAUGACUGUGUACAUCAUUAAACAAGUCUGUAAAUACACACAGCAGUACACUAUACUGUACUACAGACUUGUCUUUACCAUUACAACAGUUAUAAUAUCUGACUGUAAGAUGGCUUAACAUUGCACACAGAAAGUGUUCAACCCCUUUUUACUUUUUCAUGUUUUAUUAUUUUACAUUAAAUCAAAGUGGCUUUAACUACGAUUUUUAAUACAUAUUAACAAAAAAGACUAAUUUCAAAAGCUAAAUAUGUACUGAGUUCAAACAUAUGCAUGUUUGCCCUCCUCAAGCAAAGAGGCACCAUUGGCAGCAAUUACAGCCUUGAGUCUACCCGACAUGGAUAGGUUGGUUUCAGCUUUGCACAUGUGAAUGCUGCACUUUUUUACCCACUGCUGAUCCUUUUAGAUACAUUUAGCAAAAUCAGUUGUUACACCUUGAUAUCACACAUGAUUUGCAUUCAAAUUCUGCACUUCAGGUAUGUUAUAAAUGGGGUGAAUGAGUUUCUGUAAUCAAUUAUUUUGUAUUUUAUGUACUUAAUUUAGGAGGAGUAGAAGAAAAACAUGAAAAAGUCAAAGGUGGGGUGAAUAUUUUAGACAGACGCUGUAUCUUCCUUCCAGUGCAUGCCAGGCUCUUUACAUGUGAUGAGAAAAACAUUGGUGGUUAAAAGUUUCAUGGAAAAUCACUGAAUAUGUCAGACAUGAACUGCUUUUCAUGGCUCUGUAUUCUAACAGACCAUGUGCUUUAUUUAUGAAAUAGCAGUGAUAGAAAUGACCCUGUCCACGUCAAAUAAUCUUCCUAAUCAUAACUGGGUACAUGCACAUCAUUCACUUAUUCCUCUUGAGGCAUUUCAGGAUUACCAUUAAAAACAUAUCCACAUUA